GCCAGCAGCCGCCUCCACCGUUGCCUUGUCCCCACGCUCGUCCAGCCUCCCUCCGCGCUUCUUAAACUCCAGCGCCCGGUCCUGUCCUGUCCUGUCCCGUCCCGUCCCGUCUCCUCCAGCGUCCUGUCCCAUCCUGUCCCCCGCGGACUCAGAGGGCUUCCUCCUUUUCCUCUCCGCAGCAGCCCACGGAACCUCCUCACGUUGUCCCCCACUCCCCGAGUGAGCCCCUUGGCCGGUCUGUCUGUCCGUCAAUUCGCCCGUCAGCCCGUCCACCCGUCCGCCCGCCACUGCUCUCCCGCCGCUUGCUCGCGUGGCUCCUUUGUGUGCGGCGGCGGCUGCGGCUCCCACUCCCACCCGGCUUGGGCUCCCACCCUUCAGCCCCCCAGUCCCAUAGCCCCCGGGCGCCCCCGGCAGGGCGCUUCUGAGGGUGGAUCUAUCGGCCGCCCGGCAGGCAGGCAGGAGAGGCGGCCCCCCUCACCCUUCUCCCAGAGGGGCCCGGGCCCCGGCCCCCGGCAUGGAUGUGAGAUUCUACCCCGCGGCGGCCGGGGACCCAGCCGGCCUGGACUUCGCGCAGUGCCUGGGCUACUACGCCUACAGCAAGUUUGGAAACAAUAACAACUAUAUGAAUAUGGCUGAAGCAAAUAAUGCCUUCCUUGCUGCCAGUGAGCAGACAUUCCAUACUCCAAGCCUUGGGGAUGAAGAGUUUGAAAUCCCACCAAUCACUCCACCUCCAGAGUCAGACCCUACCUUGGGAAUGUCAGAUGUACUGUUACCCUUUCAAGGCCUCAGUGAUCCACUUCUUGCACAAGGAAAUGAAUUUACACCUCAGUUUCCUCCUCAAAGCUUGGAUCUUCCUUCUAUUACAAUAUCAAGAAACCUCGUGGAACAGGAUGGUGUAAUCCAUGGCAGUGGAUUGCAUAUGGAUCAUGGUCACCCACAAGUGUCACCAUAUCGUCAGGAUCACUCCUUGAUCAUGAGGUCUAUUGUCCAUAUGACGGAUGCUGCUCGUUCUGGAAUUAUGCCUGCUGCCCAGCUCACAACCAUUAACCAAUCUCAGCUCAGCGCCCAGCUGGGAUUAAAUUUAGGAGGUGCCACUAUGCCUCACACAUCUCCUUCCCCUCCUGCAAGCAAAUCAGCAACUCCUUCCCCAUCAAGCUCUAUCAAUGAAGAGGAUGCAGAUGAGGCAAACAGAGCCAUUGGAGAGAAAAGAGCUGCUCCAGAUUCUGGCAAGAAGCCCAAAACUCCAAAGAAAAAGAAAAAGAAAGAUCCCAAUGAGCCACAGAAACCAGUGUCAGCAUAUGCACUAUUCUUCAGAGACACCCAAGCUGCAAUUAAAGGUCAAAAUCCCAAUGCAACCUUUGGAGAGGUCUCAAAAAUAGUAGCAUCAAUGUGGGACAGCCUGGGGGAAGAGCAAAAACAGGUAUAUAAAAGAAAAACUGAAGCUGCCAAGAAAGAAUACCUAAAGGCACUUGCUGCUUAUCGAGCAAGUCUUGUUUCCAAGGCUGCUGCAGAAUCGGCAGAAGCACAGACGAUUCGUUCUGUACAGCAGACUCUGGCAUCUACUAAUUUAUCAUCCUCCCUUCUCCUGAACACUCCUCUUUCCCAACAUGCACCAGUGUCAGCCUCUCCUCAGACUCUUCAACAGUCACUUCCCAGGGCAAUCGCUCCUAACCCCCUCACCAUGAGACUGCCAAUGAAUCAGAUUGUAGCUUCUGUUACCAUCGCAGCCAACAUGCCAACAAACAUUUCAGCACCAUUAAUCAGCUCGAUGGGAACAACCAUGGUUGCCACGCCAUCUACAACUCAAGUGAGCCCCUCGGUGCAGACCCAGCAGCAUCAGAUACAGUUGCAGCAGCAGCAGCUGCAGCAGAUGCAGCAGCAGCAAUUGCAUCAGCAUCAAAUGCAUCAGCAAAUCCAACAGCAAAUGCAGCAGCAGCAUUUUCAGCACCACAUGCAACAACAUUUGCAGCAGCAGCAACACAUCCAGCAAAUCAGUCAGCAGCAAAUGCAGCAGCAGCUGCAGCAUAUCCAGUUGCAACAAAUGCAGCAGCAGCAAAUGCAACACAUGCAGCACCAGUCUCAGCCUUCUCCUCGGCAGCACUCCCCGGUAGCUUCCCAGAUCACUUCUCCCAUUCCCGCCAUUGGAAGUCCCCAGCCAGCACCUCAGCAACACCAGUCACAAAUACAGGCCCAGACACAGACUCAAGUAUUAUCACAGGUCAGUAUUUUCUGA